UCGGGCACACUCUCACUUCUGUUUUUUACGCAGCUUUACGCACGCACCAGCCUCCGAGCUCUCCUUCCACUUCACUCCACCUCAGUCCGGAUAUUUCAAACAAACCAUGACGGCCAUGAUCAGAAAUGAAGUUUUCUCCUGCUUCGUUUUCUACGGAGUGCUUCUGGUGCUAAAAAUGUACGUAAUCGCGAUAAUAACGGGACAAGUGAGGCUGCGUAAAAAGGCGUUUGCCAACCCCGAGGACGCGCUGAGACAUGGAGGGCUGCAGUUUCACAGAGAGGAUCCAUAUGUGGAGAGGUGCCGGAGAGCUCACAUGAACGACCUGGAGAACAUCCUCCCCUUCCUCUUCCUGGGUGCUGUCUACUCCAUGACUGGACCGUCGCUGGCCGUGGCCCGCCUGCACUUCCUGGUCUUCUUCAUGGCUCGUGUGCUGCACAGCGUCGCCUACCUGUUGGCCCUGCGUGCACCGACCCGCUCUCUGGCCUAUGUCGUCGCGCAGGUCCCUUGUGUCUCCAUGGCCGUGCAGAUCCUGAUGGCGGUCGCGGGGUACGCUUAAACAUCCACAAAUGAGAGACAGUCUGUGACCUGGGUGAGAAAAAGCCGCAGGAGGAGGAAACCUGAGAAGCCUCCUGGGAGGGAGCACAUAAAAGAUGAGGAUGUCAGUGACAGUGCAAUAUAAGGUGUGUGGGUACACCACAGCUGGGUUUUUGUCAGUAUUUUUAUAGUUUUAUUUACAACGUGGAGCUGUGAGAAUGACUUAAAAGUUAUUUGAAGUUGACAUCUUUUACUGUAUUUAAAAUGAAAAUGAAGGUUGUUGCUCGUUUUUGUCUUUUUAACCAGGUUUCGUUGAAAUGACCUGAUGGAAUUUAAAACCCACUGACGGGCAGUUGUUGAGUAGUUUAAGCCACUCUGGAACAUAUUCCAGCUUUGUGUUGUAUGUUCAGUCCUGCCCCCUUUUGUGUUUACGCACAACACAGACCAUCAUCCUCCGUGGUUUCAUCUGUCACCUGCGGUGGAUAUUCCAUGUCAUGUUCACAUUUGUUUGUCAACUACGUUCAACAAAACCACAAUGAGCCCUGGUGGGAUGCCUGAUGACGUGUUGAAAGAUUUAAAACCACUCAGUGAAAUGCAACCUGAUGCUUUUACUGUGUGAGUGAAACUGUCUCUUGAGUCUAAGGUACAACCCCAAUUCCAGAAAAGCUGGGACGUUGUGCGAAGCGUAAAGAAAAUCAGAAUUCAAUCAUUUACGAAUCAGCUGUGUUUAUCAACAAGUGUUCCUGAGCCCAUGUAUUAAUCUCCUUUAUCCAAUCAUGUGUUCACAAAGUGGUGAACCUCGCUCCAUCCUCGCUUGUGAACGACUGAGCCUUUCCAGGAUGCUCCUUUCAUACCCAA